AUGGGCAAAGCCGGUCGCAUUGCCUGCAUUUUCACCCCCUACGUCCUCACCCUCGGCGCCUUGGCCUCGCUCAUUGUCGUCUGGCUGGGAUGCACAAAGUCGAGCUCCGACUCGCUCAACAAUAUAUACUAUUUCAGGGCCGACCUGAGUAACUUGACGGCAUCCGGUGGCUCGUCUCUUCUCGACACCCUCUCCAGCGACCUCGGCGAUCUCACCAAUCUCGGCAGCGAUGAUUUCGAGGCUGCGCUGGCAAUCGCCAAAUCCAACAACGAUAUCCGCGACUUUUACGACAUUGGCCUGAUGGGCUACUGUGCCGGCAACAAGACCAGCAGCGGCAGCUACGAGGUCGACUACUGCUCCAAGCCCAAGUCCCAGUUUUGGUUUGACCCGGUCAGCGUGUGGAACCUCAACUCGACCACCAGCGACACCGAAGACAUCCUGCCCAGCAGUUUGAAAAAGGCCAUCAACACCUACAAGACCGUGUCCAAGUGGAUGUUCAUCGCCUAUGCCGUUGCCCUGGUCGCUACUGUUGUCGAGCUUGUCGUCGGCCUGUUUGCGAUUUGCAGCCGUCUGGGAAGUCUGGCGACCAGCAUCGUUUCCGGAGUCGCGUUCUUGUUCACCAUUGCGGCGUCGAUCACGGCCACGGCCAUGUUUGCCGUCCUCAAGGGCGCGUUUGAAUCCGCGCUGAAGCAGUACGGCAUGCACGGAUCCAUGGGCAAGAACAUCUACGUUGCGACCUGGAUUGCCACGGCGUUUGCCUUUGGCGCCUCGCUGUUCUGGCUGCUCAGCUCGUGCUGCUGCUCCGGCCGCUCGCCGUACCAUGGCGACCGUCGCCGUGGUCGCAAUGCUGUCACUGCCGAAAAGGCGCCGUACACCUAUGAGCGUGUCGGCAGCCCGUACGGCGCCACCCCUGGCGAUAUUCCGCCGGUGGCUGCUCCAUACACGCAGCACCAGAAUGUCCCCAUGGAGACAUACCACCGCCAAAAUGCGUAUGAGCCGUUCCGUCAUGUCUAA